UGAAGGGGCAGGGGAGGAGACGCAUCCCUGGCACUUGGCCCGGGCUGCGGAACUCUGCAGGAGGGCGAGGGGGGAAGCGCGCUUGCGCAACUUGGGCAGUGCCCCGCCCCCCUCCGAGCCCAGGCUCUCAUUGGUCACCAAGGGAAGCGGGGCGGCGCCUGAGAACCAAUCAGGGCCCUCUCCUGCUCCACGGGCUGGGCUUGACCCAUUUUCCCCACCUCAUGCUCCUCCCCGCUCCGCCCCUCAGUCCUCCCCCUGCCUCCUCCUAGGUGGUCCAUCAGCCUGCGAGCUUGUAUGAAGCGCCUGCUGUGUGCCAGGCACGGGGCUGAGCGCGGGAGGGGCGCCCGUGCGGGGGCAACCCGGAAGAGUGUCUCACUCCCCCCGCUUCUUUCUGGCCUUGUCUCCCAUGUGUAGUCAUCUCCGGGAGUGGACCCGACUAGAACCCGAGCUUAGUAUACAGUAGGUGCCUCAUAAACGCUUGUAGGCUGACUACGCCUGCUGCCCCUCCGCCCCCGUUUCUCCACUUGUCUCCUAGGCGGCCACCCCCGGAGGCAGCUGCCCGAGCCUCUGUACCCCGUCCCUGUCCUUAGCACAUAGUGUGGUGGUGGGGAAGAGGAGCCCAGAAGUUGGGGCCUCAAAAGAACCCCAAAGCCUGAGCCCCGCGUCCUAGUCCGGGGGCAGAGAAUUGUAACUGUCACGUCAACUGAAGCAGGCUGAGAAAUGCGCAAACUGCUAAGAGAAGGAAGCCCUUUCGGGGAGUUUCUGUCGCUGACGGGGUAAUUCUGUGGCCCAGAGGCAGGAGCAAGGAGAGGCCCCCGGAUUUGGGCUGUCACCGACCCACAGACUCUCCCGCUGAAGUCAGCCCCGAAGAGUGGGCUCCUCCGGGGUUCGUGGGACCGUCCUGAGAGCGGAAGCCGCUAGAAUCCGCCGCACUGUGGGAGCAAUGGCAGAGUCGCUGAGAGAUUGUUAGACGGGGGUCUCCAAAUCCUUGCUGUCUCCUCCAGAAGCUCCGCCUUUCCCCGGGAAGAAGGAGACCCGAGGAGCCCGGGAUGGCGCCUGUGCUCCUGCCAGCCCGCGCCUGCCAGGGCUCGGUGACCUUCCAGGACGUGUCCGUGGACUUCACCCAGGAGGAGUGGGGGCGCUUGGACUCCUCCCAGAAGGAGCUGUACCGGGAGGUGAUGCUGGAGAACUACAGCAACCUGGUGUGCCUGGGGCUCGCAGCCUCCAGACCGGACCUGAUCUCCCAUCUGAAGCAAGGAGAAGCACCUUGGAUGGCAAGGAAAGACCCGGAGGCAGGCCCAUGGCCAGAUUGUGAAUCUGGGACUGAAACCAAGGGAUCAGCCGUAAAGCUGGAUAUUUCUUUAAGAGAAUCAUCCCCAGAAGGAAUCACAAAGCAUUUUUCCUGUGUCUCCAAGUGUGAAGGAGUUCGGCAGUGUUCUUCCGGUGUAGGGAAGCAAGAGAGCAAUAAGGAAAAAUAUGCAAAGCCAAUAAAAACCUCUAGGAGCAAAACUUCCAGUAAUGUGAGAGGUCCCGAAGGUUACAAAUGUGAUAGAAGCUUAAGUCCAUCAUCCAUCCCUUUUCAACACCAAAGAAUUUCUCUGGGAGAAUGCUCUCAUCAGUGUGAAGCUCAAAGAAAAUUCUUCAGAAUGUGUUCCGAUCCAAAUAAGUGUAAUAAAAUUUACUCAAGGAAGACAUUUUGGAAGCCUGAUAAAUGUGAGAAAUUCUUCAGUCACAAUUCUGGCUUUAAUGAGGCCAGUAGAAAACGUGCUGAGGAGGAGGAGUGUGAAUAUAAAGAAUGUGAAAGAGUUUUCACCCAGAGCUCAUCCCUUUCUGUACCUCCAGCAAUCCAUAUGAAAGAGAAAAUUCAUAAACAUAAUGAAUAUAUUUCGGGACUUGCUGAACACCAGAAAAUUCAUGCUGGAAAGAAAACUUAUGAAUGUAAUAAGUAUGGGAAAACUUUCCAUCAGGGAACAGAACAUACACAAAAUCAGAGAGUUCAUUCUGAAGGGACAUUUUAUGAAUGUGUUGAAUGUGGGAAGGUCUUCGCUUGGAAUUCAAGACUUGCUUUGCAUCGACGAAUUCAUACUGGAGAAAAACCCCAUGAAUGCAGUGAAUGUGGGAAAGCUUUCAACCAGAGAAUUCACCUUACUCAGCAUCAGAAAAUUCAUACUGGAGAAAAACCUUAUGAAUGUAAUGAAUGUGGGAAGAAGUUCAACCAGAAAAUACACCUUAUUCUGCAUCAAAGAAUUCAUACAGGAGAGAAACCUUAUGAAUGUAAUGAAUGUGGGAAGGCCUUUAGAAGGGGAGAACAACUUACUCGACAUCUGGUAAUUCAUACUGGAGAAAAACCUUUUGAAUGUAAUGAAUGUGGGAAGGCCUUUUGCCAUAGAAUACAACUUGCUCAACAUCAGAGAAUUCAUACUGGAGAAAAACCAUAUGAAUGUAAUGAAUGUGGAAGAGACUUCAGUCGGAGUACAUACCUGACGGAACAUCAGAGAAUUCAUACUGGAGAAAGACCUUUUGAAUGCAGUGAAUGUCCAAAAGCCUUCCGCUGCAAAAGGCUACUUACUCAGCAUCAAAGAAUUCAUACUAGAGAAAAACCUUAUGAAUGUAGUGAAUGUGGGAAGACCUUCUGCCAGAAAUCAGGACUUAAUCAACAUCAGAAAAUUCAUAUUGGAGAGAAAAAUCUUAUGAAUUUAAUGAAAAUGGGAAGUUCUUAAGUCAGAGCAUCAGAGAAUUAAUGCCAGGAAAAAAAAAAAAAAAAACCCUUAUCAGUGCAAUGAAUAUGGCAAGGCCUUUGGCCAGAUAAUAAUCCUUAUUCAGCAUUGUAGAAUUCUUUCUGGUGAAAAAUGUUAGACAUGUAUUGAACAUGUGGAGGUCUUUAACCAGAGAAUUCACCUUAUUUUACAUCAGUGAAUUCAUACUGGGGGGGAGAAAACCGAACAUACUAAGUUAAGGUUAGUAUGUUAGGAAGGUUAAGUCAGUCAGAAUUCAGAAUUAGAAAAUUCUAGAGUUGGAAGGGACCUCAGAAGCCAUCUCAUCCUACCUGUAUCUAAAACAAGUCACCACUAUGAUGUUCCUGACAUGUGAUAUCUCGUUUCUUUAAUAAUUUCCAAUUAUGGGGAAACUUGUGUCCUAUUAUGGCUUACCAAUCCACUUUGGGACAGUUCUCAUUGUAAGAUCGACUUUUCCUGGAAUCAAGCUAAAUUCUCGUCCUUACGAAAUUAACCCAUUGCUCCUGAGUCAGUCCUUGCAUGCCAGAACAAGUAAUCAACUAUCUACAUUACAUUCUUCAAAUCCAGAACUUUUUCCAAGAUAAAUAUCCUAAGUCGUUUUAAGCCUUCUGCAUAUAACAUUGGCUAAAGUUUCUUCACCUUCAGGAUUUUACCUCUUCUGGAUGCUUUCUAUCUUAACAUUGUCCUUCUGAAGCUACUAUACUGAGUUCUGAAUUGGUUAUUCUACAUGUAGUUCAACUGGGACUUAAGUACAGGACUACUAAUUUCUUAUAUCUCUGAGCUUUUACUCUUAAUGUGACUCAAGAUAAGCUUUUACAACUUCUAAAUCACACUGCUGACCCAUUUUGAGCUUAUAGUCUAUUUAAAUUCCCAGAUCUUUUUUUUCCCUCAUAAAUUGCUGGUCAAUCAUGUCUUCUCAUUUUGUUUUGAGAAAUAGAUUUUUUUUUUUUAAUCAAAGCAUAAGACUUUGCAUUUACUUCAUUUUAAUUACAUUUUAGUAAAUAUAACCCAAAGUUCUAUCCUUGGCAGCCCUUUUUGGUUCUCGACUCUGCUAUCCCAUAUUUUAGCUUUCCCUCCUUGCUUUGUUUCAUUUACAGAUUUGAUGAGAUAUGUCAUUCAUCAGAUCUGCUCAUUGAAAAUUGAGCAAUGAUAACUUUGAAAGCAAAAUAGUAGCUUCAAAUUAUAGAUACUGAAAUUAAGCACCUCAUAUGAUUUAAUUCAAAUUUAAUAGGCCUUUGCAUUUUAAAUCUGCUAUUGAUUGAAAACAAUAUUCUAUAUGCAAAUGAUAAUAAACUAAUAAAGCAUUAGGAAAUACUGAAACUUUUAUGACCUGAAAACAUAAGCCUCUUAGAACUCUCUGAAUUUUUGUGAUUCACAAUAUGUCUCAAUCUGGAAAUCCUUGAAGCUUUAUAAUACUCAUAUGAUCUCAUGUCACAUAUAUCUUGACUUGUUUUCUCUUUCCAUUAGAUAAAUAAUCCUUUCUUAAUUUGUAGUUUUGGUGCAAAUCCUGUUAAAUAAGGUUUGUUUGUUUGUUUUUUAGCAUUUUCUCUUAAAUAUUUCCACAAGACCUACUUAAAGUGACUAUGUGAAAAAUAGAAGAACUUAGCUCUCCCACAUAUACUGCAGCAGUGAUUUUUAAAUGGCACCAGAUAGAAUGAUUGGAAAAUUCAGUGAGAAAUGGCUGCAAUAUCAUCCUCCUUCAUUAAGCCUGUACUGAAAUGUGGCUGGAAGACUAGGAGUGAUGACAGAGAAGUUAAAUGGGAAAGCCAACAUGAUCUCCUCUACCAGUGCUUGAAGUCUGUGGCUCCUCUGUGAGGACACAUCAGAAGGCCAGUUAAAUCAUUUUAGGGACCUCUAAUAACUGGAGGCCUGAAGCCGGCAGUAUAUCAGUCCUACAUAUCAGAGCAGAAGCAGUGGGAAAAAAAAACUGACACCAUAUAUAACUACGCAGGAAAAAUGGCUUGCUGUGCACUCCUCAAAGAUGAGAGAAUUUUAAGAAUCAUCUAGUUUCCUGAAGACCAUGACCAAACUAUCUGCAGAAAUCAUAAAAGAAAACUGCUCGGAUUUGUGUAUCAGAGGCAAGUAUCAAGUGAAACUAUGUUAUCAUUAAAUAUUGAACUAUGAGUCCAAAAGAUAAAAAUUUACAAUUAUAGGUAAUUCACUGAAAAACAGCAUUAUUCCUCAAGGAAGGACAUCAGUUGUUAAUAGAAUAGAAGGUAUCUAGAAUUAAGACAAUUCUAGAAAGAUAAACACACUUGAACAAUUGGAGUAACUAAAUGGAAAUGAAGUGCUGGCAUUCAAAUUGAGAGAUGAGAGAAUGAUCAAAAAUUUUCAAAGGUCACAGAUAAGAAAGACAAAAACAGGGCAAAGUGGGAUUGACAUUGGGUUUUGGUUUUUAUUUUGUUUUAAGAGAUGAAAGGAAAAGAAAUUGAGGAGAAAUAAGGAAGAGAGUAAUAUAUAAAUAUGGAGAUAUAUAUGUAUAUAUGGUGAGGGAAGGGUCAGGCAUGUUAUGACCCAAUUUUCAUCUGAAGUGGAAACAGAGUUGAACCACAGGAACACAAUUUUGUGUAGGAAUAUACCAUAACUCAGAGAGGAAACCAGGACUAUAAGCCUGAUUCUUUAAAAAUUCUGUAUUAGAAAAGGUGAAGGUAAAGGAAGGGAAGAGAGACAGGUGGAAAUGGAAGUGAUGUAAAAAGAAAAUAUUUGAACAAAUUAAAAAAAAAAAAUAGCCUAGAGCAUUCAAGGGAAAUCUUGAGGAAAAGGUAAAAAUGAAAUAGGAAUACAGUUCCACACUUCAAGACUAUAUUGUAAAACAGUAAUAAUAAAAAGCCAUUUGGUACUAGUUAAAAAAAAAAAACUAAAAGGAAAA